ACUUCACGCCUCGGGAUUUUUGUCUUUCGUUUGUCGUGCGGGCUUGUGUGUGUUUCACGGUUUGUCCUGUUAAAAGCAGAUACAUAGCAUUUAUUUAAAGGAACUACGGGAGAUAAUAACUAAGUACAUCCAGUGACUGUAUAACAAUGAUUGAGCCAAAAAAGAGGGGGGCGACCGAAAUGGCAGUGGUACCCGCUGGGAUCAAGAGGCCGAGGACGGAACUUGUGGCUGCGGCGCAGUCGCAGCAGCUUGUGUCGAUGGGACCUCCCCGGAGCUCCAGCCUCCAGGCUCCCAUAAUGCUUCUCUCAGGUCACGAGGGAGAGGUGUACUGCUGCAAAUUCCAUCCCAAUGGCUCAACGCUUGCCUCAGCUGGCUACGACAGACUCAUCUUAAUGUGGAGCGUGUACGGUGACUGUGACAACUACGCCACCCUCAAGGGACACAGUGGAGCCGUGAUGGAGCUUCACUACAACACGGACGGGAGCCUCCUGUUCUCCGCCUCCACGGAUAAGACGGUGGCGGUAUGGGACAGCGAGACGGGCGAGCGAAUCAAACGGCUGAAAGGCCACACCUCCUUCGUUAACUCCUGCUACCCCGCGCGGAGGGGCCCUCAGGUGGUCUGCACGGGCAGCGACGAUGGCACCGUUAAGCUGUGGGACAUCAGGAAGAAGGCGUCUGUCCACACCUUUCAGAACACUUACCAGGUACUGGCCGUCACCUUCAACGACACCAGUGACCAGAUCAUCUCCGGGGGCAUCGACAACGACAUCAAGGUGUGGGACCUGAGGCAGAAUAAGCUGAUCUACACCAUGCACGGUCACGGAGACUCUCUGACAGGGCUCAGUCUCAGCUCAGAGGGCUCCUACCUGCUGUCCAACUCCAUGGACAACACAGUGCGCAUCUGGGAUGUCCGCCCCUUCGCUCCCAAGGAGAGGUGCGUCAAGAUCUUCCAGGGGAACAUCCACAAUUUCGAAAAGAACCUCCUGAGGUGCUCCUGGUCAACAGAUGGAAGCAAAAUAGCAGCAGGCUCUGCUGACAGGUAUGUGUACGUGUGGGACACCACCUCCCGGAGGAUCCUGUAUAAACUACCCGGACAUGCUGGCUCUGUGAACGAAGUGGCAUUCCACCCUGACGAGCCCAUCGUUCUGUCUGGCUCCAGUGAUAAGCGCCUCUACAUGGGCGAGAUCCAGUAAGGGUGCACAAAUUCACAGCUGGAACCAGCAAGUCUGGCGGCAGGUCCCAAGCAACAUACGGCCUCCCAGACUGCUUCAUAACCCGGCUGUGAAGAGACGCAAUGUCGCCCUGUUGGAGCUACGCUGUAGCAUUCUCUGCCUGUAAAGGCACUCCUAACGGGGAGGGUCAGCAGAUCAACUGGGUUCAGGGGUUCAUAGUGAAUGCUAAACGAGUGCGGUGUGUCCGCACACACACACACACACACACACACACACACACACACACACACAGUUUUGUCACAGAGUUUGUCCGUUGACUCAGUAUUGCUGACCCCCUCCCAUCCCACUUUCCCCUCCGUGACUUUGCUUCCUGGGGAGUGGACUUCAGGCCUUGAAAAGAAGAAACCUGCAAUUCAGGGCUUAUUUUUUAUUGUAUUGCGGUUUUUUUUACAAUUACAUAAUUUUUAAAAGUGUCAUGGUUCUGGAGAAUUUUUUCAUUUGCUUUUAGGUUUCUCAAAAUAAAAUCACUCUGUUCAUUA